CCACUUGGGCGUCGACGGCGCCGUUGACGUCGUGCGUGCGCCUUCCUUCGCAAACGGGGUCUCCCAGCCCAAACCCUUUAACCGCCGAGGGCUCUGCUUCUUUUGCUGCCGCCAUUUUGUCUCUCUGUCUUCCUCUGCUGCUGCUUCUGUUGCUGCUGCUCUGCAUUUGCCUUCUACCCGAAGAGCGGCCGGGAAGAUGGCGAGGCGAGGCUCCCGCGUCCUUAGGCGCCUCCCAGGGGGGAAGAAGAAGCGCCGCAGCAGGGUUUAAAAGAGCAGCCAUUAUGGAGCCCAGGAGGGAGCCGGAGCCGGAGCCGGCGGGGCCUUGCCCGCCUUCCUUUCCGCCGCUCCAAGGCGCCAAGGCGGCGGCCCCCUUCUCCUUCCCGGGGCUCUUCUCGCAGGUGCUGCAGCGCCUCCUCCCCGCCCCGGCCUCUCCUCUCCUGUGGCUCCAGUCCGCCGGGGCAGAGCCGUCCGUGCCAGGGUGGGCCUCGCCGGGCCUGGCCCCGCUCCUGGCCGUCCAGCACCAGCUGCGCCUGGCCUCCUCCUCGGUGCUUGGCUGGGAAGAGCUGUCGGAGGCCUCCAAGUUCCCGGGGGUCUUGGAGAAGGUGCAGCUGAGGGCUGCUCUCGACGGGCCAGACCCGGACGGCGGCUACCACAGCUUGGAGGCCGAGGAGCAGUUCCCCGGGGCUCUGGAGUCUGGCGAGGAAGGGCCGGGACGCCGGGAUUUGGGAGAUAAUCCCCGGGAGAAGGAGGGACCGGGGGAGCUUGAGGCCAGCUCCCAGGACUCUGACAUAGAGCAAGACCUGCCUCUGGAGGCCAGGCCCGCCUGCAGCAACAAGCUGAUCGAUUACAUCCUGGGGGGGCUCUUCAGCGGGGAAGAAGAAGAAGGGGAAGGCUGGGAUGAAGAGGAGGAAGAGGAUGAUGAGGGCGAUGAUGGGUUUGACAGCGAAGGCUCCCUCUCGGAGUCAGAGUUGUGGAACUCCUUCUGCAGCCUGGACCCUUACGACCUUCGCAACUUCACAGCCCCUGUCCAGACUGCUGCCACCGAGGCUACUACUACUACUACUACUAUGCCGGCGGAGGCAGCAGCUGUAGAGGAUUCUUCCUCCUGGAUGGAAAGUUCUUGCGAGGAGGAGGAGGAGGAAGGGGAGGAAUGGGACUCUGGCAGCAGUGUGGACGAGUCGGAGAGCUUGAAGCUGUGGAACUCUUUCUGCAACCUGGACGAUCCCUACAACCCUUUCCACUUCACAGCGCAGUUCCAGACUGCGGAUAAGAAAGGGGUCCGCGACUUGAAAGGCCGUUGCACCGCAGGCUCUCAGCGGCGUAGCGUCUUACUAAGCUGUCAGGUGCAUUUGCUUGAUAAGAGGGACUCUGAAGCCGCGGAGGCUGUUGUGAAACGCGGCGUCCUUUCUAGGGGGAAGUGUAAGAGGAAGAAAAAGGUGACUUUCCUUGAAGAAGUUAUUGAGUAUUAUAUUAGUAGUGAGGAAGAUCGUAAAGGACCCUGGGAAGAACUUGCACGGGAUGGGUGCCGGUUCCAUAAAAGAAUUCAAGAAACUGAAAAUGCUAUUGGAUAUUGCUUAACAAUGGAGCACAGGCAACGGAUAUUUAAUAGACUCCAGGAAAGUUGAUAUUUCCUAGCACCUUAAUAAAGUAUAAAAUUAAAAGGCUAACUCAUUUUAGUGACACCUUUGAGCAUCUUAUAUGAGAUCAUAAUAUUAAAAGCUGGCAGCUACUUCUUAAAUGGGGAAGGAAGUGAUUUUAACAUUGCAUCCCAAUACUCUGCUGAGAAAUAUGCUGCAUGUAUCUGGAUGGAGUGUUAAAUUUGGUAUUCAGUGUAUUUAAUUCAUAACUGAUUCCUUCUGAAGCCAAGAAUAUCCAUUUUUUAAGAAGCCAGUCCAGAGAUGCCUCCUUUGUGUUUGCAUGUGUUCUCUGUCUCAUUCACAGAAAUACAUAUCUGAACACAGACAGAUAAGAGUGGAAUUUUGCACUUUUUAAGCAGGAAGAUAUUUUAAUAGUAUAUUUAUUGGGUUGGGAACCCAGCAAUGGAGUUUUAUUUAAAGUUUGAAAGUUUGCUGUCUGUUUUCUUUUUUGUUGAACUUAUCCACACUAGAAACCAAAUAUUCUAAUAUUUCUUAUAAUUAAAUUGACUUUGAUUCUAUCUUUCAGUCUUCACAUUAAUGUUAUCAUGCCCAUGCCAGACGUUAUUUCUCUUCCUGACAGUCUGCAAUGGCCAAUCCUGCCCCCAACUCCGGAAUACAAAGUAAAAAAAUAUAUCUUUCUGCAUUAGGGUUUUUACUGCAAAGGACACUGCCUUUGCACUGAAAUUUCAAUAAUCAGUUGAGUUCUGUGGAAGAGAUUUUUUUAAAAAACUCACACAGUUACUGUUUUUGUUACACUAUGUUGCAAAACACAGAUAUGCCCCCCCCCCCCAAACCAUGGAAAAUUGUUAGCUGUUCAAGAUUUGCAAUGUUGAUCAGUUUUAAUCCUUUAAAAAUCAGUAUUAAUACAAUUGUUUAUAUCACAGCAUAAAUAUUUGCAAAUAUAAUUUUGUAGUUACCUCGAAUGCAUUAAUUAAAUGCAUUCCAAGUAAUAUAGUAUGUAGUUAUUGGUCAAAAUACACAUCUCAAUUUUUCAAGAACAUUAUUGGGAUUUUGAUUUGAUAUUUCAAACAGUUGUUUAAAUGACUGGGAUAAGCCGUUUGAAACAAAUUGGCUUCAGAGCUGCUGCAGUAAAUGAGCAGUGGCUAACAAUUGUUUUUAUUCAGUUCCCCACAUACCUGUAUUCUCACAGCAAGCUGAAAUAACAGUAGCAGCUGAAAAUCAGGGAUGAUAAACAGGAAUAUAAAAAUACUCUACUCUUCCAAUGGCAUUUGAACCAAAACCAAGUGUAUGUAUUCUGAGGUUGUGGGGAAUAUCUUGAAGAAACAUGGUGAUAUUUUGGGAUGAACCGUUUGGAAAUAUGCUAAAGCUACAGUCCUGUGUUGGUGCAUGGGAAUAAGUGAGCUCUUUGGCUUUUGGCUUUUAAUUAAAUACAGAUAUGAUGGUACUAAGAACAGAAAAUCUUCCCAGUCUGAAACUCUUAAGUAUUGUCUAUUACUAGUCAUCUGUAGAGUACUUGGUUGAAGGCAGAUUCUAUUUCUCAACUUGAAGUCAUUAAAAAACAUACACAAUGGUGGAUUUCCUCAAAAGAAUGAAUCAUCACAUAAACUUCUCUUUCCAUAGAAAGAUUUAGUGGUGCUACACAUUGUUAGUGAAGGAUGUCUGUUCAGCUUAAUUGAAGUAGCAAAACAUGAAAGCCUACUUCUAUGACUUUAAAUCAAAACCAGAAUUAUCAGAUUUUUAUUUUUGUAUGAUUUUAUGAGAGGAAAGGUAAAUUCAGAGAACCUUUUACUUUAUACAAAUGUAAAUGGGUUUGAUUACACCUUAUUAGAUUUUUAUAUUUAAAAUUAUAUUUCUGUAUAUAAUAAAGCAAUUGAAAGCUAAUCUGUAGAAUAUAAUAAAGAGACUUCACAAGUUACUUUCAAACUGUCUUGAAAAUUGGCCCCACCAAUUGAUGUAUAGCUGUUGUGAGAGAUGGAUGCAAAAUAUGAUAGUGAUUUGUACAUUACCUUGGCCAAAUAUCUGGAGUGGCAGAAUACAUUAUGUGAUUUGAUCUAAACACCUUUGAUUGUGCUGUGCUUGUCAGAACAGUACUAAAUCAGCUCUUUUAUUCGAGGAUGCAUGAUGUUUAAUGAUAUUGACCAUCUCUUGUUUUAGUUACUUGCUGUCCCAUUUUGUCAGUAAACCAAGUUGUCAGUUUUUUGGGAGGUGAUUAUUUGGGAGCAAUAGGUGGGGGGUCAUAGAAACAAACUUGGGAGUCAUAUAUAUCGUAGCCUAUGGACUACACUUUGUCCACCAUGGUGUAAACACUGAAAAUAGCCCUUACUCAUUCUCCUGUUGAGAACUGUGAACACCUGUUAAAUGUGAUGCUGGAAGUCUUAUGUCGUUUCAAAGAAUCUUUCAGUUUGACUGUUCUGACAAAUUUCUUACAUCUUUACAAGGCUUUCCUUGUUUGUACUGUUGCUGUUGUAUAAUUGAACUUUUCUCUGAUAAACCUAACAUCUUAGUACAAUUGGCUGUAUCA